CCCCCCCCCAAACCCUCCCCCUCCCCCCCCCCGCCCCCCCCCCCCCUCCCCCCCCACCCCCCCCCCCCCCCCCCCCCCCCCCCCCCCCCCCACCCCCCCCCCCCCCCCCCCCCCCCCCCCCCCCCCCCCCCCCAACCCCCCCUCCCCCCUCCCCCUCCCCCCCCCCCCCCCCCCCCCCCCCCCCCCCCCCCACCCCCCCCCCCCCCCCCCCCCCCCCCCCCCCCCCCCCCCCCCUCCCCCCCUCCCCCCACCCCCUCCCCCCCCCCCCCCCCCCCCCCCUCCCCCCCCCCCCCCCCCCACCCCCACCCCCCCCCCCCCCCCCCCCCCCCCCCCCCCCCCCCCCCCCCCCCCCCCCCCCCCCCCCCCCCCCCCCCCCCCCCCCCCCCCCCCCACCCCCCCCCCCUCCCCCCCCCCCCCCCCCCCCCCCCCCCCCCCCCCCCCCCCCCCCCCCCCCCCCCCCCCCCCCCCCCCCCCCCCCCCCCCCCCCCCCCCCCCCCCCCCCCCCCCCCCCCCCCCCCCCCCCCCCCCCCCCCCCCCCCCCCUCCCCCCCCCCCCCCCCCACCCCCCCCCCCCCCCCCCCCCCCCCCCCACCCCCCCCCCCCCCCCCCCCCACCCCCCCUCCCCCCCUCCCCCCCCCCCCCCCCCCCCCCACCCCCCUCCCCCCCCCCCCCCCCACCCCCCCCCCCCCCCCCCCCCCCCCUCCCAUCCCCCCCCCCCCCCCCC